AUGUUAAGAUCAAGUUUUUUGGGUAGUUUGUCUGGGGGAGAGUCUGGUCUGGAAAGUUUGGAAAGUUUGGAAUACUGGAUUUGGGGUGGCGAUGUUGGCGAUGUUGGCGAUGUUGGCGAUGUUGGCGAUAUUGGCGAUAUUGGCGAUGUUGGCGAUAUUGGCGAUAUUGGUGAUGUUGGCGAUGUUGGCGAUGUUGUUGAGUUGAUGAUUGGUGAUGUUUGUGAUGUUGAUGAUGUUGAUGAUAUUAUUGAUAUUGUUAUUAUGGGUGAGGAAGAUGAGGAAGAUGAGGAAGAUGAGGAAGAUGAGGAAGAUGAGGAAGAUGAGGAAGAUGAGGAAGUAGAAGGAAGAUGA